UAGAUUUGAAGCUUGGCAGCUUGUUUUCAUCUCGGGUGUAUUUACACAUCUUGGUUGAAUAGGGCACUUUUUGCUACCUUGUUAACUGAUGUUACACCCUGUGUUUAGUCAUUUGUUUAUCUUUGAUGUUAGUUAACAUGUUACCAUGAGUUUAGAGAGCAGGCGUGGCAAGCGCUUUGUCCUUCAACUACAUGAUCGCAACAUUAGUUUUAUCAAGUCUUCGGAAGGUGAUGAACCGUCUGACUUAGAUCAACAGUCCGUUGGUUAUUUUAAGGAUGGGAAACUGCAUUCUUCUGGUAAUAGCAAGGCAUCUCAAGAUGCUAAGCAUUCAUUUAGGUCUACGCUUGCGUUGAUAGAGACACUUCAGGGCAGCGAUGCUUAUGGCGUAGACAUGUUACCUAGCGCUAAGCGCAAUGGCCAGUUUAACAAGAUGGCUGGUGGUCUUCAUAAUCCUGGUAUUAACAUUUGCUUCAUGAAUGUUAUUAUCCAGGUACUUACUCAUUCUCCCUAUUUGGCACCUGCUAUGCUGCGUUCAGGUCACUCUAAGGUCUGUCCCAAUGCGAAGCGUAAGAUGGUUUGUGUAACUUGUUUACUAGAGUCCCACAUAAAACGUGCUUUGAGCUCUCCCUGUGCUUUGAAAAAUAACUUUGUCUACAUUGUGCAGAAGUUAAUUUGGAAGCAUUAUAGGCUAGGUAGACAGGAGGAUGCCUUUAUAUUUUUGAAGCAUUUUUUUGAGGCUCUCAUUAAAGGUUGUUACGGUUCUAAGUACCCUUACACUUCUAGUGUGAUAAUACCUUCUAAGGACAUGAUGCAGAGUUUCAUAGGUCGCAUCUUUGGUUGCUUUCUUUUGAAUGUUGUAAUUUGCAAGGUCUGCAAUUACCGUUCGGAGAAGCUCGAGACAUGUUUUGACAUAUCGGUUGACAUAUACCGUGGUAACAAGCUUGUUGAUUUGUUAUCUUCGUUUGUGCAGCCUGAGUUACUGGACAGUGCCAACAAGUACAACUGUCCGUCUUGUAAGACACAUCAGCGUGCUACCAAGGCCAUGUCUAUUUAUCGUGCACCUCGUAUAAUGAAUGUAGUACUUAAGCGUUUUGGCAUGUCUGAAACUGGUUGUGAGAAGUCUAAGAAGGAGGUAUCAUUUCCUUUAAGUUUCUCUAUGUCGUUGAACACCUCUAAGCAUCCGCAGCCUGUAUGGGUUACUUACGAGCUUUAUGCUGUCGUAUGUCACCUUGGGAGAUCAUUGAACAUGGGCCAUUACAUAACGUUUAUUAAGGGCCAGCAUGGCUUUUGGCACAGCUAUAAUGACUCCACUGUGACUACCGUAUCGCAGAAGGCGGUGCUCGGCCUUCGGCAGGAUGCCUAUCUUUUGUUUUACGCUGUUAAGGAUGAGUGCGUUCAGAUUUGUGACAUGCUUGUUAAUGACAGUGCCAUAACUAACAGUUUCACUAGUGACGUUGUUUCUGCCAAUCGCAACAUGGGAUCUACGUUAAUGCAGUACCGUACUGAUAUUCUUCAGGCUGAGUCUGUGGCUGAGGACUCUGGUCAGCAGGAGUGGCCUGCGUGCAACAUUGACGAGGGUUUGUACCGUCGUGUUGAAAUUUCAAAAUCAGAUGACUCCGACACCACCCCGGGUGGUGACCCUGUUACUAUAGACACUAGCACUGCUCUGUGCACCAAACCAGAGGAUGCAACAGACUCCCCGGUAUCAGGGCCUGCGCUGGAACCUGACCUUGCAACCGACACGUCCCUGGAGGACCGCCAUGGCGGUCCUUAUGAACUCAACAGAAUACGCAAGCGCUUCGUCACCAGGAAGAGGCACGGUUACAAACUGAGGCUAAUGCAUCUCUUCAGGCAACACCAGGUUGCUGCCGAGGCUGUGGAUGAAAUAAUGCGCAUCAAGGACCGGUUGAUGCAACACAUUCACGAGCAGGGUAGCACCUCGCCAGAGGUCGAGGUGGAGAUCAACCCCGGGUUGCUGUAUGCCAAGGAAGACAACGUGGGUACAUGGUCCGAUGCGGAGCCUGAUGCUGCGUAUCACGAGCUGGAUGCCAGCAUCCACCCACCACUACCCAAACGGUCCCAGGAUGACAUAGACUACGACCGGGGCAAGGUCAAGAAGGUACGCGUUGAGCCUCAGAGGCCUCUCGGCAUGCCUCAAAUCGUGCAGCACAGGUCUGGUGUCAACAUUACGGUGCAUCAGAAGGACGCUUUCGAUCGACUGGUGAACGGGCGCCACAACACGUUGAAACGGGGUGGCGCUCGAUUCAGGGGUCGGCGAAAGCGCUGAGUGCGUGCACACACA